AUGGCCAGUGUUGUCAGCCACUGCCAGUGUUGUCAGCCACUGCCAGUGUUGUCAGAAACUGCCAGUGUUGUCAGCUACUGCCAGUGUUGUCAGCCACUGCCAGUGUUGUCAGUCAUUGCCAGUGUUGUCAGUCAUGGGCAGUGUUGUCAGCUACUGCCAGUGUUGUCAGCCACGGCCAGUGUUGUCAGCUACUGCCAGUGUUGUCAGGCACUGCCAGUGUUGUCAGCCAUGGCCAGUGUUGUCAGUCACUGCCAGUGUUGUCAGCCACUGCCAGUGUUGUCAGUCAUUGCCAGUGUUGUCAGGCACUGCCAGUGUUGUCAGUCAUUGCCAGUGUUGUCAGCCACUGCCAGUGUUGUCAGCCACUGCCAGUGUUGUCAGCCACUGUCAGUGUUGUCAGUCAUUGCCAGUGUUGUCAGCCAUGGCCAGUGUUGUCAGCCAUUGCCGGUGUUGUCAGCCAUGGCCGGUGUUGUCAGCCAUUGCCAGUGUUGUCAGUCAUUGCCGGGGUUGUCAGCCAUGGCCGGUGUUGUCAGCCAUUGCCGGUGUUGUCAGCCAUUGCCGGUGUUGUCAGCCAUUGCCGGUGUUGUCAGCCAUGGCCGGUGUUGUCAGCCAUUGCCGGUGUUGUCAGUCAUUGCCGGUGUUGUCAGCCAUGGCCAGUGUUGUCAGCCAUUGCCGGUGUUGUCAGUCAUUGCCGGUGUUGUCAGUCAUUGCCAGUGUUGUCAGCCACUGCCAGUGUUAUUAGCCAUGGCCAGUGUUGUCAGUCAUUGCCAGUGUUGUCAGCCACUGCCAGUGUUGUCAGCCAUUGCCGGUGUUGUCAGUCAUUGCCAGUGUUGUCAGUCAUUGCCAGUGUUGUCAGCCACUGCCAGUGUUAUUAGCCAUGGCCAGUGUUGUCAGUCAUUGCCAGUGUUGUCAGCCACUGCCAGUGUUGUCAGCCAUUGCCGGUGUUGUCAGUCAUUGCCAGUGUUGUCAGUCAUUGCCAGUGUUGUCAGCCACUGCCAGUGUUAUUAG